CACUUUAAGAUCCUGGAGCAUUCAGUUUUUCAAGAUUUAAGGACGCUAUUACAGUGGCAUAAAUGGUUGUUAUUGUUAAAACUUUGGCCCACCAAGGGGAUUUUGAGGGGAUUUUGUGAAAAACAGUUCUUCUAAAGGAGGAAUCAGAUCUGGUUUGCUUGCCUGCACAGCAACCAUCUCAUUAACUUCAUAGUUCAUAAGUGGGGGUUGAAUGGAACGGGAAGUAAAUAGGAAGAGUGGGGAACUAUCUGCAAUUAUGUGAAUACUGUACCAGCCUGCCGGGGAGAAAAGAGAUGUGAGCCGCAAGGUUAAGAAGCAGAAGCCAAACAGCUUGAAAACCCUGAGGUCUGCACAGGUUGUUUGCGCAACCUUUUGACUGCGUCCUCCUCCACAGUAAAUAAUUCACCAGAGGGAUCCGUCGUAGGCGACCAUGUCUAUGGCCCUGAAGCAAGUCUUCAACAAAGACAGAACGUUCCGGCCCAAACGCAAGUUCGAGCCUGGCACGCAGCGCUUCGAGCUGCACAAGAAGGCGCAGGCGUCUCUAAACGCGGGCCUGGACCUGAAGCAGGCCGUGCAGCUGCCGCACGGCGAGGACCUCAACGACUGGGUGGCCGUCCACGUGGUCGACUUCUUCAACCGCAUCAACCUCAUCUAUGGCACCAUCAGCGACUCCUGCACCGACCAGACCUGCCCCGUCAUGUCCGGCGGGCCCAAGUACGAGUACCGCUGGCAGGACGAGCACAAGUACAAGAGGCCGACCGCGCUGUCGGCGCCCAAGUACAUGAGCCUGCUCAUGGACUGGAUCGAGGUACAGAUCAACAACGAGAACAUCUUCCCCACCAACGUCGGUACUCCCUUCCCUAAGUGCUUCAUGCAGGUGGCUAAGAAGAUUUUGUCUCGUCUGUUCCGGGUGUUUGUCCACGUCUACAUCCACCACUUUGACCGGGUUUCCCAGAUGGGCGCCGAGGCGCACGUCAACACCUGCUACAAGCAUUUCUAUUACUUCGUCACUGAGUUCAACCUGACGGACCACAAAGAACUGGAACCCCUGAAGGAGAUGACUGCUCGAAUGUGCCACUGAGGGACCUGAGGACACGCCGGACACGUCCAUCCAUCCGUCCGUCCAUCUCCGCGACUGAAUCAGGGAGAGAAAUGGGAGCAAAGAAAUCCAGAGUCUAUUUUUAUAUUUAAGUACUGUAAUCUAUUUUAUCCACAUUCUUUAGGUUUUCAACAAGAACAUUCUCGUGUGAGGCAAACUAUUCCUUUAAAAAAGAUAAAAGAAAAAAAAAGCUCUUGCAGACAUGUUAUCAGAUCACAGUAUUAAGAGGCGUAUGUUUGUGUUCAUGUUUUUCUAUUUUAUUUCAAUCGUUCCACCAGGCUAUCUCCUUCCUCUCGGCUUAAAAUGAUCUGAAAUUAGAUUUUUAUUUCUGACUGUAAGUCUUAAAAAUCACUAUGUUGUUGCAUUAAAGUGAUUUCUAAUCUGUUUUAA